AUGGAGGGACUCUUGUUCAAUGUCAAUGGCGGCUACCUUGAAGGGAUUGUGCGCGGCUACCGGAAUAGCUUGUUAACAGGCUCGAACUACAGUAAUCUUAUUCAGUGUGAAACAAUCGACGAUGUGAAGCUCCAGCUAGGCCCUGCAUAUGGCGACGCCCUGUCUACGCUACCUCCCAACCCCUCCACGUCUGCUCUCGCCAGCAAGACUACCGAAAAGCUCGUGGCAGACUUCAGAUACCUACAGGGACAGGCGACUGGCUCACUCUCGAAGUUCAUGGAGUAUCUAACAUAUUCCUACAUGAUUGACAACGUCGCUCUUCUCAUCACCGGGACCUUGCAUGAACGCGAUACGAAGGAGCUUCUGGAAAGAUGCCAUCCGCUGGGCUGGUUUGAGACAAUGCCAGUGCUCUGUGUGGCUACCAACAUCGAAGAGUUGUAUAACUCGGUUUUGAUCGAGACACCUCUUGCUCCAUACUUCAAAGGCAGUUUAAGCCAUCAAGAUUUGGACGAGCUUAACAUCGAAAUUGUUCGCAAUACUCUUUACAAGAACUACCUGGAAGAUUUCCACCAUUUCGUCAACAAUGACCCGGAGAUGGCGAUGACCCCAACCGGGGAAAUCAUGUCGGAAAUCCUCGAAUUUGAAGCUGACCGCCGAGCAAUCAACAUCACCAUAAAUUCCUUCGGUACUGAACUCAACAAGGAGCAGCGGAGGAAGUUGUACCCUGAAUUGGGAAAACUUUAUCCUGAGGGAAUGCUGAUGCUUUCCAGAGCUGAAGACCUGGAAGGUGUCGGACUUGCUGUCAGUGGCGUUGGUGACUACAAACGAUUCUUUGAUGAGGUAGGGCUCAACCAAAGUAGUGGUGUGGGCGGUGGCAAUAUGUCUGGUGGCAUUGGCGGAGAAUCCAAGUCUCUCGAAGACCUAUUCUACCAGAAAGAGAUGGAAUUGUCCAAGCUCGUCUUCACGCAGCAAUUUACACAUGCGGUGAUAUAUGCCUGGGUCAAGCUACGAGAGCAGGAAAUCCGGAAUAUCACCUGGAUUGCCGAAUGCAUUGCUCAGAAUCAAAAGGAGAGGAUAGGGAACUAUAUCAGCGUGUUCUGA